GCUAUAGAUAAAAGAGAGAGUAAUUUAAACACUUAUUUGAAUAUUAUGUCAAUUACCUCAGACUCAGAGUAUCAAUGCAUUGCCCCAAUCGACUUUAUUUCUACAACCAAAGUACCUGAGUCCCACACAUGGGUGCUCAACCCUUGUGAUGAGAACUUGUUAGAAUCAAUACCCACAAUUGAUCUUUUGGACCCAAAUGCCAUUUCUCUCAUAAGACAUGCAUGUGAGAAAUGGGGUAUUUUUCAUGUGAUCAACCAUGGUGUUUCCUCUCAACUACUUGAUGAAGUUGAGCUCCAGACUCGUCGAUUGUUUUCUCUACCGUUUGAUCAGAAGCUCCAAGCCUUUAGAUCAGCCAAUAGCUUUAGUGGGUAUGGAACCUCUCGAAAAUCGUGUUUGCAUCCGAAGAGAAUGUGGUCUGAGGGGUUUACCAUCUUUGAAUCUCCCAAAGAAGAUGUUCACAAACUUUGGCCACAUGAUCAUCAUCAGCGCAAUCAUUUCUGCGAUGUGAUGGUAAUGUGCCGAAAUGAGAUGAACAAAUUAGCUGAAACCCUAUUAGACUUGAUGUUUGGGUCUUUGGGCCUGACCCAAGAAGAUACGAAACAAGUUAAGCCCAAAACAGGGUGGAAGAAUCCAUACGGCCCACUUCAGUUAAACUCAUACCCAAUCUGUCCUGAUCCCACCAAAGCCAUGGGCUUGGCCGCUCACACAGACACCUCAUUCCUCACUGUACUAUACCAAAGCAACACACACACUGGUCUCCAAAUCUUCAAGGAAGAGAUUGGGUGGGUGCCAGUGCAUCCACUCAAUGGUGCACUCAUUGUCAAUCUUGGAGAUUUGAUGCAAAUUCUAUCUAAUGGACAAUUUAAGAGUGUGUUGCAUUGUGCAGUUGUGAACAAUACGCAUCAUCGAGUUUCAGUGGCAAAUUUCUAUGGCCCAUCAAAUGAUGUGAAACUAUCGCCGUUGAUUCAACUUGGUAAUAUUGAUCAUCUUCCUUUGUAUCGUUCUGUGACAUGGAAAGAAUAUCUUGAGAUUAAGGCAAAACACAAUACCAAGGCACUUGAGUUUAUCAAGAAUUGAACUUGUUGUUACAUAUAACUUUAUUUUGAUCUCACAAAAAAGUUCUCAUCUCUUUGAUCUUUCUCUCAUGUUUUUUAACCUUAAUAAUAAUAAUAAUAAAAUUUCAUUAA